AUGGCAGAUUACGCUUCCGACUCCUCGGACGGCGAGUUUACAGAGACAAAUGUCCUUCUUGGAUAUGCUUCCAAGGAGGCUGAAGAGGACACGAUAAGCAAACUGGGAGGCACUCCGGAUUGGCUCGAUGCAGAUAAACCACCGUCAGCGGCACUGGCAAGAUGCAAGGUCUGCAAAGACAUGAUGGCCCUGCUUCUGCAGCUGAACGGCGAGCUGCCGGAGAAAUUCCCGUCCCACGAGCGGCGGCUAUACGUAUUCGCCUGUCGCAGGGCCACAUGCCGACGAAAAGCUGGUAGCGUUCGCGCGCUGAGAGGUGUUGAGGAGAAGAAGAAGCCCGAGGCGAAGAGCAAGCCGGAGGAGAAGAAGCAGGAUGGGCCUGGUCUUGGAGAAUCGCUGUUUGGAGCGAAACCUUUGGGGGCUUCUGGUGGGAACCCAUUCUCCAGCGGCGGCGCAAACCCUUUUAGCUCGGGGUCGAGCAAUCCCUUCAGUUCUGCUUCGUCCAACCCGUUUUCAAGUCAGCCGGCUAAGCCUGCUGCUACUGCUCCGGCUGAGAAGCCCGCCGAGACGCCAGCUGCUGCUACAACAACAACAAACCUCUCCAAGACCUUUGCCGAAACCCUGGCACUCAACACUACGCCUGCGGGACCUCCUCCUCCUGCUGAGCCUUGGCCUGAAAAAGCUGCGCAGCCAGCGCCGUAUCCGACGCUUUACCUUGCCGAUGCCGACUACGAGACUCUCGAUCCUACAUCAACGAAACUGCCGGCUAACGUGACUAUUGCCGAUGCCGACGCCCCGGAACCUUCUGCUCUUGAUCGCGAGGCGUUUGAAUCCGCUAUGGAUGCUACUUUCCAGAAAUUCGCAGACCGAAUGGCUCAGAACCCGGAGCAGUGUAUUCGGUAUGAGUUUAGUGGUGUUCCGUUGCUGUAUUCUAAGACGGAUGAGGUUGGCGAGCUGUUGACCAAGCGGACGAUGCCGGGAUGUCCUAACUGCGGUGGACGGAGGACGUUUGAGGUGCAGUUGACGCCUAAUGCUAUUACGGAGCUGGAAGAGGACGAUUUGAGCCUCGAUGGCAUGGAGUGGGGGACGAUUAUCGUUGGUGUGUGCGAGAGAGAUUGUUCGCUGAGACAUACUGCUGUGGAAGAGGCGGGUUAUUUGGAGGAGUGGGCAGGUGUCCAGUGGGAGGAGCUGUCAAAAGAGAAAUAA